AUGAUCGAGAUCCUUCAUCCUCCGCCGCCGCCACUGCCGCCGCCGCCAGGCACCACUGUCCCCGCACCUUUUGACUUCGCAGCGCCAGCCGAAGACCUCGCAUCGGAAGAGCCCACGACUCCCUUCUUCAGAUCGCGUUCCCGCCACAGACGGAGCGACACAUGGAUCGUCUCCGCCUUCGUCAUCUGCUACCUCGUGGUCUUCUUCGUCACAAUGUUCGUCAACGACUGCCGGCGCAACUCCGCCGGCGAUUGUGCUGCCAGAUCCCUCUCGCGGUUGUCUUUUCAGCCUCUCUCCGAGAACCCCUUCCUCGGCCCCUCCUCGUCCACUCUGGACAAAAUGGGUGCUCUACGGAAGACUCGAUUGGCGAACCAUCAAACUUGGCGCAUUCUAUCAUCUCCAUGGCUACAUGCUGGACUCAUCCACCUAAUCGUCAAUCUAAUUAGCAUCAUCUUCCUCGGGAUUUUUCUAGAGCAAGAGUAUGGAGCAGUGAGGACUGGAUUGAUAUACAUAGGCUCUGCUGUUCUGGGGACUUUAGUGGGUGCCCUUUUCGUUCAAGAUAAACCCGCAGUCACUUCCUCCAGUGCUUUACACGGCCUGCUUGGAGCCACAAUAUCUGCACUCGCAAAGAACUGGAAGUUCUACACCAGUAAGGGCAAGGCUAUGGUAGCUCUCGCUUUCAUUUUGGCCUGUAAUUUCGUGCUGGGCUUGCUGCCUUAUGUCUGCAACUACUCCAACAUGGGAGGGUUGGUGUCGGGUUUGCUCCUUGGAUAUGCACUUCUGAUGCCACCACAGCUUGGAAAGAAACCCCAGAGAUUGUCAGAAGCUUGUGACUACGGUUCCAAAGGCUCUUUCAACUUGAAGGAGAAGGUGGUGAAGGUGGAAAAACCAGGGCUGAGAAGUGUGUCUCUCAUCAUUUUCGCUCUACUGCUUGCAGGGUGUUUUGGAGCUGCGGUUCAAGGGAUCAACCUAGGCUCCUACUGCGGGUGGUGUAGUUACAUCGACUGCAUUCCUUCCAGGAGUUGGAGUUGCAACGACUUGACAACUGCUUGUGAGGUAAUUAAUGCUAUGCCAAGCAACAAUGGAGAAUUGACUCUGACAUGCAUGACAAACGGGAACUUCAGGAUUUUCCCUUUCACAAACAUCUCCCGGGCAAGAGCUCAAGAUUUGUGCACAUUGAUUUGCUCCCAUGAAGGAUGAUUUGCUUCCAGAAGUGAGUCAUUCUACUCUCUACCAACAACAACACUAAGAAUGGAACUUCAUUUUCUCUCCUUUUCUUUUUUCUAAAUUUCUUUUCCUUUUGAGCAAAAAAUUGACAAAAGAACACGAGAAAGAAGCUGGGCUUUUCCUUGUAGAAUGAAAAAAAAAAAUUAUAUAAGAGACAAAGUAUCCCCAAAAGAUGUAAUCCUUUCCGGCCCAACCCAUCACCCGCCGGCCAUUCCUUUACCGGUUUCCUUUCUUUCUUCCCC